CCGAAGCCUCUCAACCAUGCAGAUCUUCGUGAAAACCCUAACGGGUAAGACCAUCACUCUCGAAGUCGAGAGCUCCGAUACCAUCGACAAUGUCAAGGCAAAGAUCCAGGACAAGGAAGGAAUCCCUCCGGACCAGCAGCGUUUGAUUUUCGCCGGAAAGCAGCUUGAGGACGGCCGAACACUAGCCGACUACAACAUUCAGAAGGAAUCCACGCUCCACCUUGUGCUCCGUCUCAGAGGAGGUGCCAAGAAGCGUAAGAAGAAGACCUACACCAAGCCCAAGAAGAUCAAGCACAAGCACAAGAAGGUGAAGCUCGCCGUCCUUCAGUUCUACAAGGUCGAUGACUCUGGAAAGGUGCAGAGGCUUAGGAAGGAGUGCCCUAACGCUGAGUGCGGCGCUGGAACUUUCAUGGCCAAUCACUUUGACCGCCACUACUGCGGUAAAUGUGGUUUGACCUACGUUUACAACAAAGCUGGUGGUGAUUAGGUUUAAUCUGUUGUUUUUUUUUUCCCAUCAUGUUUUCGUUUUAUCUAAAUGUUUGAUGUCGUUGAAUUUAUCUAGAAUUGCUACUCCUGUUUGUGGAGUUUAGUUCUUGACAUGGAUUUUGUUUUCUUAAUGUCGAUUUAUUAUCGUUUUUAUUGAGACCCA